CCUUUUCCGGCCGCCGCCAUGCCGGGCCGCAUCUCGGUGUUCCCGUCUCCGCAGGAGCUGGGCUCGGCCCUGGCGCAGCUCGUGGUGCAGCGGGCGGCCGGGAGCGACGGCCGCUUCUCACUGGGGCUGUCCGGAGGCAGCCUGGUGGGGCUCCUGGCCCGGGAGCUGCCCUUAGCCGCCACCACCGGAGCCGCCACCGGGGCAGGCCCGUGGCUCGUGGCCUUCUGCGACGAGCGCCUGGUGCCGCCCGAGCACCCGGAGAGCACCUUCGGGGCCUACAGCGCGCAGCUGCUGCCGUGGCUCCCGGCGCCCGCCCCGACGGUCCUCGCUGUCGCUCCCGGCCUCUCCCCGAACGCUGCGGCUGCGGAUUACGCCGAGAGGCUGCGAGAGGCCUUUCAGGGCGAUGCCGUGCCCGUCUUUGACCUGCUGCUCCUGGGCGUGGGGCCGGACGGCCACACCUGCUCCCUGUUCCCCAACCACCCCCUGCUGCAGGAGAAAGAGAAAAUUGUGGCUGCUAUCACCGAUUCCCCAAAGCCGCCACCGCAGCGCAUCACGUUGACCCUCCCGGUGCUGAAUGCUGCACGCACAGUGGUGUUCGUUGCCACAGGGGAGGGCAAAGCUGCCGUCCUAAAGCGCAUUUUGGAAGGCAAUGAGGAGAACCCCCUCCCUGCCGCCCGCGUCCGGCCACACACGGGGCAGCUGCUGUGGUUCCUGGACGAGGCAGCAGCCAAAGAGCUGACGGUGCCCUUUGAGAAGCAUUCCAUCCUGUAGGACCAAACCCUCGGCCCCUUUACUGGGGAUCGGUCGCCGCAGUGCCCGCCCAGAGCCUCCACGUGGUGUUGUGGGUUGAGGACUCCACGUGGGGCAGCAGCAGCGCGUUGGGAAGAGCAGUGUUUGUGUUUGUGUGGAGCACAGAUGAGGUCGUUCCUUUGGUUUGGUGCCGGGCUGCAAACUGGGAGCAAUGUGAGGUGGUGGUCUCAUGUUUUGUGAACGGUGGCUGUGAUGUUUCGAGGAGCGCACGGUAUUAAACGUACGGAUCUCAGCUUCGAGGCCAUUUGCUCUUCCGCUUGGUUGCACCCUUCCAUAAAGCACAGCGAGGAGCAGAGCCUGGGGGGGGGACAGGUGGUGGGGUGAUGCAGGGACACCCAGGUGCUCUGAGCUCUCCUUUGUUUCCCCGCGUGGUUUAUUGGAUCCCUCUCCGGUGAUUUAUUGAUCUCUGCUGUGACGAUGACUGUGAAGCACCGGGCUGCAUCUCCUCCCUGUCCUAUUUCAUUUACAUCUUCACAGUGGCACAGGUUUUGUUUCCACCUUUUCAGUCCCGGUGCUUUCUUCGCUCUCGUUUGAUGCUUUUUCUGCUGGCGCUUUCCCGGCAGCGAUAGGGAAUGGAUCAAAACCAUACGAUGCCCAACAACAGGGAAACAGUAGGAAAGCAGCAGCACUCCUGCACGGACCAAUGAAGAACCUCUGAGGACCAUUCAGGGGCACAGAGCAGCUGGCAUCGACCUGCAGUCGUCCUCCCAGAGCUGUAGCGCCUUCCCCGUGUUCCCCACAGGGCCUCCCAGUGCACUCUGUGAGCGGACACAGUGAGGUUCUCUUCUGAUCUGUUGAUUUCCUGUCUAUAACCUUGCAAAGAACCGUGAUGUUAAAACUACGAGGCCAUUCAUUUCUGCUGCCAGCAUUCACAUAGUUUCCAAGGAACAACUCUAAAAGCUUACUAAACCUUUCAGUCUCCUCCAGUUCUUCACGAGCUUGUGCUGGGCUUGAUGUUGUUCAUGUGGUCUUCAGAUGAAAGCUUGAAAGGAAUUGCGUGAAGACGUGACCACAACACUGACCUCAUCACAAUUAUAAACUGUUCCCACUCACCUAGAUGGUUAUAUUCAUCCUGCAGCGCAGCUCAGGCGUUCAUUUCUUUCUGCUCGGGAAGAUUCUUCAUGAGAGCUCCCUCCCGUGCCACCUUCCUGGUGUCCCACCGUGGUGAUGCUUCCCAAAAGGUCUGUGGUGUUCAUGUUGCCUGAGAACCCCCACUCUACACCCUGUGUGCAGUUCUGGUACAUGAGGGCUGCAGGUGCCUGUGAGGAAGGACUCUGUUUUUGUUCCAUUAAGGUGAACGCCCCCCAGGUAUCCUGCACUGUUGGGUCUAAGUGCUGGUUAAUAGAAACUGAGGUGCAAAUGCAUCUCUUCCUUUCAAAAGAGAGAGAAGCCAGAGCUGGAGAGCUAGGAGCUGCAGCUUGCAUCUUGCAUGGUGGACUUCAGGUGUCCAUUGGCGUGGAAGUGCCACAGGGACACCUCCCAAAAGGUUUGUAGUGCUCACGUUGCAUGAGAACCCCUCCUUCACACCCUGUGGGAGUGAAGGGAGUGAAGAGUGAAGGGACUGAAGAUGGAAAUCAGCAACCUGCGUUCUCCAGGACGGAUAUCACCAAUAGGUGCAGGAUUCCUGUCAUAGCAACGAUCCUUUGGAGGCCCUCGUGAGAGCUCAGACAACGAGCAUCCACUGGACUGCUGAAGAAUGCAUUUAUAUCCUUGGAGACAUAGGAGCAUGAUGCAAUUAAAAAGGAUUAUAACCCAAGCUUGCAGUUUUGCAGAGAUAGUCUUACAUAUAAUUUCCUAUAUGGUCUGCAAACAGCCACAAUUCCUCUAUAGUAAAGAUUUGCACGUUCUAAAUAUAUUAAUAAAAUCUUAACAGAG